GCGCUGGAAGUCAAGUCCCAGGUCGGCUGCGAGGCGCCGUGCCCAGGUCCUCGGCUCCCCCAGGCCCCGCGAGGGCUCUGCUAUGACCGCCGUCGCCUCCAGGAGCCAGGACUGCACCCCGAGGCCACAGCCCCGCGCGUCUCGGCCCCGCCAUCGCCAUGGGCAGCGUCAGCAGCCUCAUCUCGGGCCAUGGCUUCCACAGCAAGCACUGCCGCGCAUCGCAGUACAAGCUGCGCAAGUCUUCCCACCUCAAGAAGCUGAACCGCUACUCGGAUGGGCUGCUGAGGUUCGGCUUCGCGCAGGACGCGGGCCGGGGCAAGUCGGCCUCCAAGAUGGGCAAGAGCGAAGACUUCUUCUACAUCAAGGUCAGCCAGAAAGCGCGAGGCUCCCACCGCCCCGACUACACGGCCCUGUCCAGCGGGGAACUGGGGGGUCCGGCGGGGGUGGACUUUGACCCGUCCACCCCGCCCAAGCACCUGCCCUUCUCCAACCAGCUGGAAAUGGGCUCGGAGAAGGGUGCGGCGAGGCCCACCGCCUUCAAGCCUGUGCUGCCGCGGGCAGGAGCCCUCCUGCACUCUUCCCCCGAGGGCGCUGGCCGCCAGCUGCACCCCAGCCCCGCAGACAAGGCCAAGGAGCAGGAGCUGAAGCCCAGCCUGUGCUCGGGGGCACUGUCCGACUCGGGCCGGAACUCCAUGUCCAGCCUGCCCACCCACAGCACCACCAGCAGCUACCAGCUGGACCCGCUGGUCACACCCGUGGGGCCCAGCAGCCGCUUUGGAGGCUCCGCCCACAACAUCACGCAGGGGCUCCUCCCCCAGGACAGCAACAUGAUGAGCCUGAAGGCUCUGUCCUUCUCGGAUGGCGGCAGCAAGCUGGGCCACGCCGGCAAGGCGGACAAGGGCUCGUCUUGUGUGCGCUCCCCGCUCUCCACGGACGCGUGCGCCCUCCAGGAACUCGAGCAGAAGCUGCAGCGCAGCUUCGAGAAGGAGCUGGCCCCGGGCGAGGAGAGGCCCCGGCGGGAGCGGGAGGAGUCGGAGGGCCCCGGCAGGCUCAGGCAGGCGUCGCAGAAGGGCCCGCGCGCACAGCAGGUGCUGCAACUGCAGGUGCUACAGCUGCAGCAGGAGAAGCGGCAGCUGCGGCAGGAGCUCGAGAGCCUGAUGAAGGAGCAGGACCUGCUGGAGACCAAGCUGCGCUCCUACGAGCGGGAGAAGACCAGCUUCGCCCCCGCGCUGGAGGAGACGCAGUGGGAGGUGUGCCAGAAGUCGGGCGAGAUCUCCCUCCUGAAACAGCAGCUCAAGGAGUCGCAGAUGGAGGUGAGCGCCAAGGCCAGCGAGAUCCUGGGCCUGAAGGCGCAGCUGAAGGAGGCGCGGGGCAAGCUGGAAGGCACGGAGCUGAAGACGCAGGACCUGGAGGGCGCCCUGCGCACCAAGGGCCUGGAGCUGGAGGUGUGCGAGAACGAGCUGCAGCGCAAGAAGAACGAAGCCGAGCUGCUACGGGAGAACGUGAGCCUGCUGGAGCAGGAGCUGCUGGAGCUGCGGGCCCAGGCCGCCCUGCGGCGGGACGGCGCCGCCGCCUGCCUGGGGCCUGCCGCGGCCGAGGACAUCCCGGCGCUGCAGCGUGAGCUGGAGCGGCUGCGGGCCGAGCUGCGGGAGGAGCGGCAGGGCCACGACCAGCUGUCCUCGGGCUUCCAGCACGAGCGGCUGGUGUGGAAGGAGGAGAAGGAGAAGGUGAUCCAGUACCAGAAGCAGCUGCAGCAGAGCUACCUGCUCAUGUACCAGCGCAACCAGCGCCUGGAGAAGGCCCUGCGGCAGCUGGCCCGCGGGGACGCCGCCGGGGAGCCCUUCCAGAUUGACCUGGAGGGGGCGGACAUCCCCUACGAGGACAUCAUAGCCACGGAGAUCUGAAAGGGGGCUGCUGGGACCUUCUGGGGGGUGGGGGCCAGACCCAGAGGUCUCAGGGCAGCCGCCUCUCCUUUGUCCACCUUCCUGUCCUGCGUUCCUUGGAAUGCAAGCCCUGAUGCCUCUGGCUGUCCCAACAGAUGGGUCCAGGGAUCUCUGGGCAUUGCCCAAGGGCUCCCCAAGCCCCUCUGUUCAAAAGGGAGGUAGCCCCUGCUGCCAAGGCCAAGGACAGAAGCUGCACUCUGCUGAACCUGUCUUUCUCUUCCCGGGACCCCUGCAGGAGGCCCCUUGCACUGUGUAUCCCUCUGGCCAUUGGAGAGGUGAGGCUGGGCGUGGGGAGGCUUGGCUUAGCCACGCCACAGCUGCCUAGCCUGCAGCCUAGCAAGCGCGAGGCAGCAACCUGGGUCCACCUUGAAGGGGCGUCCUCUGGGAAACAUUAAGCAGCCAGGACCUCUGCUAGGAUGCUGUUGCUGAGUAGCCCUGCACAGCUGGUGGCCACUGGAAAGCCACGGACAUGGGGGAGGGGGCGGAGCUGGCAGGCCACCACCCUGGCCUGUUUUUUCCUCCCAAGGAGCAAGCCCCUGCUGGGAUCCCAGCACGGCCUGGGUUUGCCGUGCACCUGCAGCCCAGCUCGGGCCUCUUGGCAUCUCAGUGCUAGGUUCUGAGUCUCGAGGAGAUAAGGCACCCAGACCUGCCUCCACCUUCAGUGGUGAGGGAGCCCUCCUGGGGAGAGCAGGUGCACUCCCAGGGCAGGGGGCCGGGGUGUGGGUGCAGCCAGUGCCAGUGUGCAGGAAGCCCAAGACCUGCAGAGCUGGAACAGGGGUGGGGUGCAAGGCAGAGAGAACAGGAGGGGUUUUCUCCCCUUGCUGGGUCCAGGGGCUUUUCUUUUCUCUCCCCCCCCAACCCCCGUCUUUGCAGAAGCCGGAUCUAACAGGCUGCCAGGCUAUUCUAUUUUUGACUCCCCAGCUGCUGUCAAUGUCGGCCUGGAUGCAUUCCUGCGCCUGCUUUGGAGGGAGGCUUCGGGCGUGGGAGGGGGAUGCCCCUGGACACUCAGCAGGCCCCCAGGACCACACCCACCCACCCUGGGGGUGGGGGAGGUAGGGCGUGAGUAUAGGCUGGAGCACUUGCGGCUAGCACUGCCUCCCACUCCCCUAGGAGUAUCCUCACAGCCAGAGUCCCAAGCCACUCUUCUUAGUCAUGGGCUGGACUUGAACCUGGGAUCCAUAGGCCAGCAGUCCCUCCCUGCCCUGCUGGGCACAGCACAUACCCACGUUGUCAUCACAGACAGCCCAUCUCCAGUCCCCUGGCCUCUGUGCCUUGUGUGGGAGCAAAGAGCGGCCUGUUCUUUCCCAGGCUGGGGACAGUCCGUGCCCCCACACAACGAGGAGCAGCCCAGGAGUGGGUGUGCGGGUGCCAACCCUGCACUCCACCAUGGUGUGGGCGUGCCCCCUGAACACCCAGACCUACCUAACCCAGCAUUGACAGGGGGACAGGAGCCCCUCCCUCCCCACCCUGGCAGCCAUCAACCAUGCUGGCACUGGGAUGCUGGUGCCCCGUAACCCAUGGGCCUUCUCCCCGUCCUUGCCAAAAGCAUCUCCUGGUGUCUGGCAGGAAGUUCCCAAGGGCAGGGGCUGAGGAGCCGGGCCCGGGUGUGCUGGGGCCUCUGCUUGUUCCCUCCAUUGCUCCACCCUCUCUGUUACCCAAACUCCUCCAGCUCUCUGCAAACGUAGAACUGCACUCAGCAGCGCCUCUCAGAGAAGGGUGGGGGUCCCCUCGCGGUGGCCCCCCUGAGAGGUACUCGCCAAGCCGUCAGUCCGUGACCUGGCUGUGAGAGGGGCCCGUGGAAGCCAGGCUGGAUUGUAUGUCCGGGCUGGCCAAGCCUGCCUGCUCCGUGCGCUGCACCUGCUCCCAGAGCCGGACCCGCCACAGGGGCUGACAUCUGGAAGAAUUUGUACAUAGUUCUUUUUCCCUUUGUUGUUGUUUUCAGGGGUCGGGUUUGCUUUGCCUUUGACAGCUCUGUUUGAUUUUAUUAUUUUGACCUCACUUUCUGGCCAUGUAAACUAUUUCUGGUAACUUUAUGUUUUUAUUUAUGAAUAAAGAACGCCAUUUC